GCCACCGGCCCCGCGUGCGCCUCCGCUCCGAGCGCACGGCCCCCGGCAAGCAGCGGACAGCCCGUCCUGAGGACAGCGGCCCGGCUCUCUGGCUCUCUCUCUCUCUCUGCCCGCGCUCCUACUCCCUCCGCUGACCCCCACACAUACACUUGGCUGCACCGGGAUCGCCCCCUCAGAGGCCCCCUCCGAACCCCACUCGGCUCCUAGCUCCAGUCGGGCACCUGGGACCAGCACAUGCCCAGCGCACGCGGCGCGCCGCCCUGCUAGAAGUUGCGGCCCCAGAGUUGGAGGCCGCUAAGGAAGCCGGCACCCGAGGAAGGAGGCAGCCGGCGAAAAGGAGGCAGCGAGCCCCGGGUCGGGCCCACUGGCACCGCUCCAGGCCCAGAAAGUGGAGCUUCAACUUGGCCACGACUGCACCUGUUUGCACAGCUUAGCCGAGGGGGACCGGACUGCGGCACCGGCGUCAGCGACCACUCUGGCCAUCGGCCUCUCUGGCAAGUGGUGUGUGCACGAGGAGAAACUUUCCACCAGCAAGCUGGACCUGCGCUAAGUGCGUGUGCUUUUGCCUCUUUUUUUGUUGUCGCCUCCACCCAACCCCCUUCUCUCUGCUAGGCACCCCCCACCAUAGUCGCUGAGCUGAUCCUCUCUCCACCUUCCCCCCACCCGGCCGUCUAUGCUCCAGGCGCUCACUUUGCGGUGCCGGUGAACCCGCGAGCCGCCCCGAUGUACAGUAUGAUGAUGGAGACCGACCUGCACUCGCCCGGCGGUGCCCAGGCGCCCACGAACCUCUCGGGCCCGGCCGGGGCGGGCGGGGAAAAAAGGGGCGGAGGCGGGGGCGGUGGCGGCACCAAGGCCAACCAGGACCGGGUCAAGCGGCCCAUGAACGCCUUCAUGGUGUGGUCCCGCGGACAACGGCGGAAGAUGGCCCAGGAGAACCCCAAGAUGCACAACUCGGAGAUCAGCAAGCGCCUGGGGGCCGAAUGGAAGGUCAUGUCCGAGGCCGAGAAACGGCCGUUCAUCGACGAGGCCAAGCGGCUACGCGCGCUGCACAUGAAGGAGCACCCGGAUUACAAGUAUCGGCCGCGCCGCAAGACCAAGACGCUGCUCAAGAAGGACAAGUACUCGCUGGCCGGUGGGCUGCUGGCGGCAGGCGCGGGCGGAGGCGGCGCAGCCGUGGCCAUGGGCGUGGGAGUGGGCGUCGGUGCGGCGGCCGUGGGCCAGCGCCUGGAGAGUCCGGGCGGCGCUGCGGGAGGCGGCUACGCGCACGUCAACGGCUGGGCUAACGGCGCCUACCCCGGCUCGGUGGCCGCGGCGGCUGCAGCCGCAGCCAUGAUGCAGGAGGCGCAGCUGGCCUACGGGCAGCACCCGGGCGCAGGCGGCGCGCAUCCGCACGCGCACCCCGCGCAUCCGCACCCGCACCACCCUCACGCGCAUCCUCACAACCCGCAGCCUAUGCACCGCUACGACAUGGGCGCGCUGCAGUACAGCCCCAUCUCCAACUCUCAGGGCUACAUGAGCGCGUCUCCCUCGGGCUACGGUGGCCUUCCCUACGGGGCCGCAGCCGCGGCUGCCGCCGCUGCAGGCGGCGCGCACCAGAACUCUGCUGUGGCGGCGGCGGCGGCGGCAGCGGCCGCCUCCACGGGCGCCCUGGGAGCGCUGGGCUCUCUGGUCAAGUCGGAGCCGAGCGGCAGCCCGCCCGCCCCCGCGCACUCGCGCGCGCCAUGCCCCGGGGACCUGCGCGAGAUGAUCAGCAUGUACCUGCCAGCCGGCGAAGGUGGCGACCCGGCUGCGGCGGCGGCCGCCGCGGCACAGAGCAGGCUGCACUCGCUGCCGCAGCACUACCAGGGCGCGGGCGCGGGCGUGAACGGCACGGUGCCCCUGACGCACAUCUAG